CUCACCGCUUGGAGUUGGAAGUCUCGCGGUGUGCCUUUUAUACUGUCUUUCUUGUCCUCCAAGGCUCCUAUCCAAACUCCGAAGCCCUCGGUCCAUCGUCUUCCCACCUCCCUCAGAUCCCGUCGCGGCUCCUUUUGCUCGGCGCCGCCUUCAGUCUUCUGCGCGCUCUGUACGUCGAAAAGCUUCAUCCCGGUAAUGGCUUCAGAUAGCUCGGUGAUGGCGGUAAUCAGGGCCUCUCGCCCUUCCUUCCGGAACGAUCACGACAAGGUAGUCUUCGCCGUCCACGCUUCCUUCCUAGCCGCCGGAUUCUCUCUCGUCGCUACUGGUGCGAGGGCCCUCUCGGAUAACCCUCCUACUGAUGGAGAAGAGGUUGGAAUCGAUGGGUGGAAUGAACCUGAGGAUGCCUAUGCCUUUGUAUACACGAAAACUGUCAACGGUUCCAAGAAGAUCGUGACGGUAAAGUGCUUGCCUAUAGGGGACGAACUCGCCAUUGAUGUAUUGGAUCUUAAUGAACAGAAGAAGGAGCCUUUGAAUCUCCAGAUCAACAUAAAGGAAUACGUGUCAGAUGUGGCAGACCAGAGUAGCAAUUAUUCGAAGAUGUAUAAGAAUCUGAAGCGUCUUGUUGAUAAUCUGGGAGCUGGACUUCUGGCCAAGUUAGAGCCCAAGUUUGAGAGUUCUUCAUCAGCGCUUAGUGCUGAUAAACGUAGGCGCGAUACCACCAGUGAACCUUCUUUGAUAAUAGCUGGUCAGCAGGAACCUUACGAUCCAGGUCUUGUUUACCCCCCUAUUCCUGCUGGCGGAAUAAGUGAUAUUUAUCCUAGUCCUGGUGCUGGAAUUUUUCCGCAUAGAGGAUCUGGCAUAGGUGGUGGUAUGCUUGUAGGACCAAAUGAUCCAAGGUUUUUUGGUUCUGAUGAACGACCUGGCUUCAUUGGUGGCCUUCCGGGUGUACCACCGGGUGCUCGUUAUGACCCUUACGGCCCUCCAGGUGUCCCUGGGUUUGAGCCUGCUCGUUUUAUCAGACAACCACGUCGACCUGGUGGUGGCACUCAUCCGGAUCUCGAGCAUUUCCAGGGACCUGAUUAUAUAUAGGGGAAUGGCAGAAUGUUAUGUUUUUGCACCACUUAUGGAACAUAAUGUACAUUUGAUAGAUUCUCUCUAGUUUUGUUGGAUAUUUUCUAUCAACUGCUCUUUGGCUUCACCUCCCAGCUGAAUCAUAAAUAAAUAAACCUGUGUUUAACAGGCUUAUGA